ACCAGUCGAUGACGUAUGUCCAGUAUAAAUCAUGCUGUACCCUUGGCAACCGCAGUUCGAGGCAGCAGAGUAUCCGGUGCAGACAUGCAGAUCUUCGUCAAGACCCUCACUGGCAAGACCAUCACCCUUGAGGUUGAGCCCAGUGACACCAUUGAGAAUGUGAAGGCAAAGAUCCAGGACAAGGAAGGCAUUCCCCCAGAUCAGCAGAGGCUCAUCUUUGCCGGCAAACAGCUGGAAGAUGGCCGCACCCUCUCUGACUACAACAUCCAGAAAGAGUCUACCCUUCACCUUGUCCUGCGUCUCAGGGGUGGUAUGCAGAUCUUUGUCAAAACCCUCACUGGUAAGACCAUCACCCUUGAGGUUGAGCCCAGUGACACCAUUGAGAACGUGAAGGCAAAGAUCCAGGACAAGGAGGGCAUUCCCCCAGAUCAGCAGAGGCUCAUCUUUGCCGGCAAGCAGCUGGAAGAUGGCCGCACCCUCUCUGACUACAACAUCCAGAAGGAGUCCACUCUCCAUCUUGUCCUGCGUCUGAGGGGAGGCAUGCAGAUCUUCGUCAAGACCCUCACUGGUAAAACCAUCACUCUCGAGGUUGAGCCAAGUGACACCAUUGAAAAUGUCAAGGCCAAAAUCCAGGACAAGGAGGGCAUUCCCCCAGAUCAGCAGAGGCUCAUCUUUGCCGGCAAACAGCUGGAAGAUGGCCGCACCCUCUCUGACUACAACAUCCAGAAGGAGUCCACCCUCCAUCUUGUCCUGCGUCUCAGGGGUGGUCAAUAAAAUAUUCAAUGCCUUAAAUUGAAUUACCUGACAACCUAAUUAAAAUAAAGCAUAAGAGAUUAAAUAA